AUGGCUGCUGUCCGUGCUCUUGCCUUGUCUCUGGCUCUAGGCCUGGCCCUGGCUGCUCCUGCCCCUCAAGCUACACCAACAGAUUCCCCCAGUGACAUCAACAUCACAGAGAUCUUCAGAGACUCUCUUUUCCCCUCUGCGCGCAUCUACCUCCCCGAUGACCCAGAGUCCGUCUCGCAACCAACAUCUCUCUCCCCUUUCUCGCAACCGGCGGCGGCCACGCAGCAGGAACGGGCUACGAGAGCGCGCAGAAUGCCAUCAAUAUCGACCUGGGCGCCUUCAACACCACGGACCUGGACCCAGAACGCAAACACAUUCACCGUCGGCGGUGCAACGGUCUUUUCGCAGAUCUACCAGCCGCUCUAUGUGAGGAAGAAACCAUGUGCGUCUGCUCCUCCCUCUCUUGAUCCUCUAUCAAAGAGGGACCCUAACAGAAUGAACAUCCAGAAAUCGGAAACGCCCCCUGUGUCAACGCCGUCGGCGCAACCAUCGGUGCAGGCGCCGGCCCUCUACAAGGCCUACACGGAUCGAUCAUCGAAGCCCUGCUCUCGGUGCAUCUCAUCACAGCAACCGGCGACCUGCUCAUCGUCUCCGACGACAAAAACAGCGACCUCGAGGACCGCUCCGUCCGUACCGGGAUGA